AUGUUACUUCUUUUUUAUUCGAUCUAUCUCUUCCUCGGGUCGGUGUGUCUUCAGGUACAAGGGGCGCCUGUUACUCCUGCUCCUGGGAAAGGUCGUCAAGAUGCGAUUUCGUCGUGGACAUCAUCAUCAUCGUCAUCAAAUCCUACAUUCAGGAAUCAUGGAAAGUUUCAAAAGAUCCACAUCACCAACGUCAACACCAACACCAACACAAAUCCCAAUCAACAUCCCAAUACCCACUUCAUCUCGCCAUCCUUCCUCACCAACCCAAACCCAAAUCCUCCCACCUCACCCCGACAAUCAACAAUAAAACCCAGCCCCCGACUACGCCAGAUCUACGGCAUAUUCAUCAACCAAGCCCGCCAUCUCUCCUCGUCCGCCUCCCCCCACCAAGUCCAACAACACUCAACCCUCGAAUCCUCCGGAUGGCUCCCUAACAAGAACCAAGAGGAGGCAGAGGACACACCCACACCCGACCUCCUCACCCAGCGCCGACCCUUGGGGAUCUACGCCUUGAUACGACAUCUACGACGCACGGAUCGGGUAUGGGCGCCUGUGGCGAUCUUGUUCGCUAUGUCGUGGUUGGCGGUCGUGGCGAUGGGAGUGGUUGAGUGUAUUGGGGUUUGUUGGCAGAGGGUGAUGAAGAGGGAGAGACAGGGACGUUUUGGCGGCGGUGGUGGUUGGGGCAGACAUCAUGAGAGGGUCUUGUUUGAUGGAGGGGUUCUGGAUGAGGUGAUCAUCGAGGCGGUGCCGAUGGAUGACGACGAUGAGGAUGGAGAUGAGCAAAAUCAUGAAGAUGGGGGAGAUAGGCAUAAGAUGUUGAAGAAGAUGUGA